CGCAGCAGCCACCAUCUCCUGUACAUAUACCCGUCCAUCCGGCGUCCUCGAGCGAUCCAUCUCGCUCAUCCCCACACGCACGCAUACCCACACAGCGACACCCCGCGAUGCAGCGACACUCCUUCACCGCGCUCAACUCGACCUUCGUCGUCGACUCCGAGUACCAGUUCGUCAAGGAGCUUGGCCAGGGCGCGUACGGUUGCGUCGUAGCCGCAAAGCAUCGCCGAUCGGGCGAGGGGUGCGCAAUUAAGAAGAUUACAAACAUCAACACCAAGAGGAUCCUUACGAAGAGAUGUCUACGCGAGAUCAAGCUCCUUCACCACUUCCGCGGACACAAAAACAUCACCUGUCUGUACGACAUGGACAUCGUCUUCCACUCCGACGGUAACUUCGACGAAGUGUACCUCUACGAAGAGCUCAUGGAGGCCGAUCUGCACGCCAUCAUCCGCUCGCAGCAGCCGCUCUCGGACGCGCACUUCCAGUCGUUCAUCUACCAGACGCUCUGCGGGCUCAAGUACAUCCACUCCGCGAACGUGCUCCACCGCGACCUGAAGCCGGGCAACCUGCUCGUGAACGCGGACUGCGAGCUUAAGAUCUGCGACUUCGGCCUCGCGCGCGGGUACAGCCCCGGGAGCGGCAGCAGCCAGGCGCGCGGCGGCGCGAACCAGGGCUUCAUGACCGAAUACGUCGCGACGCGCUGGUACCGCGCGCCCGAGAUCAUGCUGAGUUUCGCGAACUAUGGUCCCGCAAUCGAUGUGUGGUCCGUGGGCUGUAUCCUGGCAGAGCUGCUCGCUGGGAAGCCCAUCUUCAAGGGCCGGGACUACGUUGACCAGCUGAACCAGAUCCUGCACUACCUCGGCACCCCCUCCGAAGACACCCUCCGCCGGGUCGGCUCCCCCCGAGCGCAAGACUACAUCCGCUCGCUUCCGAUCAAGCCGCGCGUGCCGUUCUCGACGCUCUUCCCGCGCGCCAACCCGCUCGCGAUCGACCUCCUCGCGCAGCUGCUGCACUUCGACCCCGCGAAGCGCAUCACCUGCGAGCAGGCGCUCAACCACCCGUACCUCGCCGUCUGGCACGACCCCGCCGACGAGCCCACCUGCGCCUCGCCGUUCGACUUCGGGUUCGAGGAGGAGGACUCGAUCGAGGGCAUGAAGCGCCUCAUCGUCGAGGAGGUGCACGCGUUCCGCGCGGAGGUGCGUGCGCAGGCCCGCGCUGCCGGUCAGAUUCGCCGUCAGGAAAGCCUGCCGAUGCCGUCGCGCGACGAGAUCCUGAACUCGCCGGUGGGGGAUAACGCGGCGCAGAAUGGCGCGACGUCGAGCUACACAGGCGGGAACGGGGAGGUGCGCCCGGGGAGCCCGAUCCUGGACGACCCGAGUGCGGAGCUCGAGCGCGAGCUCGCGAACGCGCACAUCGCGCGUCGGUAAGUUCGUGUUUUUCCGGUGGUACCACGAGGGAGAUCUAUGGAAGGGGGCCGGCGCUAGGAAGAUCUAUGGGGGGACAAGGAUAUAAGGACGGAGGACUCGAUAUCUUGGAGAGAGAAGCUUGGAAAUGAGGAGGAGUGUACGCUGGGCACGCCGGCUUGUGUUGCUACACGAGCCGGAUCCGUGCGGUGUUGUGCUUGUUCUACUGUGUAGAUGUAUCUCGUACCGUAAUUUAUUGUGCUUGUCAUCUUCC